AUGACGAGGGGCGGCGGAGGCGACAUGAAGUCUUUCUUCCGUCAGCAGAAGGCGCACGCCGGCGCCGGGGCCGCAACCAAGCCCACCGGCGGCGUCUCCAAGAAGGCGGCGGCGGCGGCGCACCACCACCAGAAGGCCGCUCCCGCCGUCCACGUCCACCCGGCCCCAGAUCACGGCGCCGGCGCCGGCGCCGACUCGACGAGGCUCCAGCAGGAGGAGCGGGAGCGGGCCGCCCGCGAGUUCGACAUGGACAUGCGCUACGGGCCGUGCCUCGGCGUCACCCGCGCCCAGCGCUGGCGCCGCGCCGCCGCGCUCGGCCUCGCGCCGCCGCCGGCGCUCCUCGUCCUCUGCACCGAUGACCAGCCCUGCCUCUGGGAGGGCCGCGUCUAG